AUGAAGGCCGUUAGAUUGAACACCAUCAUCAAUGCGUUGCGAGGACUGGCGGAGUCAGAGCCUGAGAUUCGUCAUGUUCAGUUGCCAGGCCUGGAGGAACAGUUGGAGGCUAUGGGAAGGACUUCUGCUACGACACCAGUGGGUGAUUCUCUGAUUGACGCGCUACGCAGCAGAGUUGAAGCGAAAGAUCAACAUGCCAAGAUGCUGCAAACGGUGGGAAUUUCGAAGACUCUCAGCAACAAUCCGGUGCAGCAUAUCUACACACCCCAGGACCUGGAUAACGCCCAUUCAGCCAAGCCGGCAACACGGCCCCUGCUGCGCGACUUUGAACAAACUAAGGCGAAUUCCAAGGACAGGAGAACUACAGAACUGCUGACCAAGAAGGCGUAUGCUGCUUCUGCAGCCAAAGAACGCCGUUUCACUCAGCCAUGUGGCAAGAACAAGGCUUCUUAUAGCACCGGAUUAUGA